AUGGACAGAUUGCAAUAUUAUUGGUAUCAGGCCCUCCGGGGCGACGAGCAGAGUCAAACGCAGCAAGAAUCAAGGCUAUACGAUGAGUAUUUCGAGAGAUAUCCGUGUUCUCAGUUCGAGGUGCUCAGAGCGACGCGAGGCGCGAAAUCUAUGUUGACUGGGCUGCAAAUCGCACUCAUUCCAGGACGUAGCACAAGGAGUAACGACCCCAUCCACUCAUCUAGCAGACUAGAGAUUCUAUCGGUAGUCACUGGUAUUGUUACAGAGCGUACAGUUGAGCUGCAUCAGGUAACACUCGUGAAUGCAACGGAGUUGCUUAAGUGUGCGAUCAAGAAGCUGCAGGAAGAGAUGGCAGGUAUGAGUCUCACGUCUUCAUAUGAAUCGUCUCAGUUACGGGAGAAUGAAGCGCGACUCGCGUCGUGCUGUGCGGACAUAAGAGUGUAUUUGAAUGAGGAGUGUCCCGUGAAUCGCUGUCCUCUCAAGAUCCUCGGGUCCAUCUUCGUACUAUCCCUUACAUCGUCACCGGGGCGCAUAGGUCUAGAGGAACCAAAGUCGUAUUGGCCUCCAGUAACCGACAAAGUGGCUGCGUCGAUUGGGCUCAUGCAGGUCUAUGGAACACCUUACGAGAUAGAAGCGGUCGAUUCCAAGCCGUCUUUCUACAGCGUUGUGGGGACAUGCCCCUCGAUGUCCUUGUGGCGGGACACCCAUCUCGUGCCCUGA